AUGGCGACUCCACCGACGAAUGAGUAUCUUCGCCUUUUGCGAAUAAGGCACAAAGUCGUGCAGCGCCUUCUGAAGGAAGUCAAACAUUAUCAGCUCGAGGUUGAGCAGCAUCGGCGGACGGUUGCACGCAUGAAGGCUGAGAAUCGAGAGCCAAGCGAUAUUAAGCAGCAGCAGAACGUGUAUGAUGAGACCGUCGUUAUGGUUCCGGACGCGGAGCAACGGCUGCUGCGAGCUUGUGCAGACCUAGAUGACUAUAUCCUGUCGAGUGCAGCGUGCACAGAGACUCUACACCGGAAACUCAUGAUGCCAGCGGUGGCGUGCGGUGCCGACGGCGAAUCGGAAGCUGACGCUGAUGAGACGAAAACGGCCAAGGCGACUGUACAUGCGGAAACGGAUGGGGAGCGCAGCCUCGAGCAGGAGGUCUGCGGCAUCGUCGAAACAGCUCAGCAGCUUGGCCGUGAGGUGCCGCACCUUCACAUACAAUUUAGAGCCUUUGAAGUUCUCCCCGACGGCGGCACACGAGGACAAAAUCCAGAGAGCGAAGACGAAGACGAUAUCUGA